AUGAAAGAUAUCAACGAGACCUCUGGCCCAUCCUCCUACCAACCAGGGAACACCCUCCUACCAACCAGGGAACAGCCUCCUACCAACCAGGGAACACCCUCCUACCAACCAGGGAACACCCUCCUACCAACCAGGGAACAGCCUCCUACCAACCAGGGAACAGCCUCCUACCAACCAGGGAACACCCUCCUACCAACCAGGGAACAGCCUCCUACCAACCAGGGAACAGCCUCCUACCAACCAGGGAACACCCUCCUACCAACCAGGGAACAGCCUCCUACCAACCAGGGAACACCCUCCUACCAACCAGGGAACACCCUCCUACCAACCAGGGAACACCCUCCUACCAACCAGGGAACACCCUCCUACCAACCAGGGAACAGCCUCCUACCAACCAGGGAACACCCUCCUACCAACCAGGGAACAGCCUCCUACCAACCAGGGAACAGCCUCCUACCAACCAGGGAACAGCCUCCUACCAACCAGGGAACAGCCUCCUACCAACCAGGGAACAGCCUCCUACCAACCAGGGAACAGCCUCCUACCAACCAGGGAACACCCUCCUACCAACCAGGGAACAGCCUCCUACCAACCAGGGAACACCCUCCUACCAACCAGGGAACACCCUCCUGCCAACCAGGGAGCACCGGAAGACAGCAGACAACCCUUUAG